AUGUAUGAAAGAUUGCAGAAAGGUUCCGAGACGGACUGUUCAGAGGCAUCGGUUAACGGUCGAGAUGGCGAACUGCAUUUCGUAGUUCUACCAUCAAUACGGCAAAGGCAAAGAAAAUUAGUACCAAUCCCUGCAGUUGUGUGGAGGGCUGGAUUUUUAGCUGGUUAUGAACCUGGAUUAGAUGCGACAGCGGUAGCAAUUGGGAGGAAAGAUCAAACGAUCAGUACGAUAUUUGUUAUACCCGGACAGCAAGGUAUCGCCGCGCCUGGAGACGGCCUGGCGCGUUUGGAGACGCGUUUGAUCGAAAGUGCGUUCAAACAGAACACCUGGGCGCGCUUGCUACGAUCUCUGAUACCACGCCCUGGGCUAGAAGUGCAAAUUCCUCGAUUUUCUCACAAAUCCGUUAUCAACGCUACGGCAGCUCUACAACGGAUGGGCUUACGAGACCUUUUCAACGCCCACACGGCGGAUCUUAAAGGUCUAAAUGGAGUCGCUCAUGAGCUGUAUUUAUCAGACAUAAUCCAAGUGAACACUUUUGCCACGUGUGGGGAAAAUAAAAUUGACGAAACGCACCAUUCGGAGAUAUACCCGGCCACUACUAACCGCUCAUUCCGUAGAGUGAGAAAAAUUCCCCAAUUCGGUAACUACGAAAACAGUGAUUUGGCAGAUGAACCCAGAGACUACCAAAGAGCUUUCCACGAUCCACUUUACAAUCCAUCCUACCUAUCGUUGCCUUUACAGUUUCGACCCAGACAAGCCAGAUUACCCGACGCGCCCAGGUUGAGAUUCGACAGACCGUUCCUAUACUUUGUCCGACAUAAUCCUACAGGUCUCCUACUACACAUGGGAAGAUUUAAUCCCAGGUUACUGCCAUAGUUAGUAAUAGUUGUAUAGCGAAUUAAGCCUCUUUCCAGUAUUUCCACUUUUGUAAAUAAUCUCUUUAGUAAACUAUUUUGAAGUACUGAUUUAAAAAACUGCCAAAAAUGUGUAUACUAUAUUAUAAUAGAAAAGUUCCUUGGAAAGGUCCUUCUAUAUACUAUUUCAAUUUGCAUCUUUAACUAAUGUGAUUUUACUAAUGUCUCUACUCUAAGGGUGAUUGUGUACCAUUAUAUCAAGAUUUAUUUUCUCCCAUAUACGUAACUUUUGUACUGUAAUAUAGGUAGUGAUUAAUUUAUUUAAUGGCAAUGUAAUAUAAUUAAGAGGGAACAUUUUGCAUUUUGUAAUAUUGCUUCGGUACAAAAUUUCGAUAUUACAAUGUGCGACAUUAAAUGUGCGUUUAAAUUU